AUGAAGUUUCUCAUCGCCGGCCUCGGCUUCGUCGCCUCAGUUCUCGCUACCGCCCGAACUUCUGCCCCUUCGGGCUGUCUUUACGUCGCCAAGAGCGGUGGUUCUUACACUACUAUUCAGAGUGCCGUUAAUGCGCUUUCCACGACCUCUACCACUGCUCAAUGUAUCUUUAUCGGUGCUGGCACCUAUAGCGAGCAGGUCGUCGUAAGCUCACGCAAGGCCCAACUUACCAUUUACGGUUACACCAGCGACACCUCCAGCUACAGUGGUAACAAGGUGACAAUCACGUCCAGCUUGAGCCAGGCGGAUGGUCUGACCGACGACGAGACCGGCACUCUGCGAGUCCAGGCCGCAAACUUCAAGCUUUACAACGUCAAUGUUGUGAAUGGAUAUGGCAAGGGCAGCCAGGCUAUCGCCCUGAGUGCCUACGCUGCCAGCGGUUACUACGGUUGCCAGAUCACCGGUUACCAAGACACUGUCUUGGCUCAGACCGGUAACCAGGUUUACGCCAACAGCUUGAUCCAGGGUGCCACCGACUUCAUCUUCGGCCAGAAUGCCCCAGCUUGGUUUGAGAACGUCGAUCUCCGUGUAGUUUCUGCCUCGCUCGGCUAUGUUACAGCAAGCGGCCGUGCUUCGUCCAGCAGCUCUUCCUACUACGUCUUCAACAACUGUGACAUUGCUGCUGCCUCUGGUAACACCGUUUCUUCCGGUGCUUUCUACCUUGGCCGACCUUGGGGUGCCUACGCCCGUGUUGUCUUCCAGAAGACUUCCAUGAGCAAUGUCAUCAACUCUGCCGGCUGGUCUGUGUGGAGCACCUCUGAUACGCGUACUAGUGGUGUCACCUUUGCCGAGUACGGUAACACCGGUUCUGGCGCUUCCGGUACCCGUGCCUCUUUCGCCUCGAAACUUAGCUCCGCUGUCUCUAUCUCGACCGUUCUCGGCAGCAGCUACGCUAGCGCCGGCUACUACGACGCAUCCUACUUCUAA